AUGCUCCGACGGUUACGAACAUCUGGGGGGCCCAGUCCAGAUCGACUGCUCUGCCACAGCGGGUUACAGCUGGGUCAACGGCUCGGGAGCUUGCACCGAGAAGUCAUGCUACGCGACUCGGUGCCAGACAUGUGGGGUGUGGCCAGUGCUUCUUCUUGCGUCGGCACUGCAAGCGGCACAAGCUGCUCGCCAGUAUGCAACGGUUCGUACGAACUGAUCGAGCCAAUGAAGUGCAACAAGGGUCACUUCGACGAGCUGCCAUUGAUGUGUGUACCCUCCAACCACGCAGAGACGCUCGAGGUCGUGGAUACAUUUCUCAUUGAGAUGACAAUCGCCACCAACGAGUCCCAGUCGGGCUUCACCGCCGAGUGGGCCAGAAGUGCGGGAGGCGAGGCUGCACUCAAGAGCUCGAUCGGCAAAACCUUAGGCCUGCUUCAGGGGCAGAUCUUCCUGAAAGGGAAGGAGGACCUGACCUCCGACUGGGGCCGUGCCGUGCCAGCGCGACGCCUCACGACAUCGCAGGGGCUGUUCUUCGAGGUCGUGCUCCAGCCGUACCCGAUUGACAACGUGACGGACCUGGAGCAUCGCAUCCUCGCCCUGGGCGGGGGCAACUUUACCCACGAGCUCGACGCGGCCCUAAGAAGCUCCGGAACCAGCGCCCUGCCUGGCCUCGCCGCGGCCACGAUCGUCGUCGGGGCGCCCGCGCAGGUCAGCUUCACCCUUCCCGUGGCGCGAGGGGUCGCCCUCGGCGACUGGGCGUUGUGCCGCAAUCUCUGCGGCCCGGGCGUGCGCACCCGCCCUGUGGAGUGCCUAGGCGCGUGGGGGGGCGACGCCGUCGACCUGUGCAACGCCAACGCCGCCCCAGGAUUCACCAUGGAGUCGUACAUGCCCGCCUCCGAGCCCUGCGAGCAGUACAUAUCGUGCGCCUACGACUGGAGCUGCCCCGGCGGCCCAGAUCCCGUGACGGGCGAGGGCUGCGAGGCGCAGGCAUCGGGCGUGGCAGUUGCGCUCUCUGUCACGCUCCUUUGCUGUGUUUGCCUGCUGUGCCGAUUGGCUCGGAGAAGGUACAAAAUAUCGAUGCUGGCAAACAUACUGUGGACGAGGGAAGGAGGAAUCGACGACGGCGGCGGGAAUCUUCGACAGACGAGCGAUACAGCUCCAACGGCAGCUACGAACGACAUGGGUUCGGUAACCAGCACUUCCAACGAGUUCUUCCACAAGGGGCAGACGGUGGAUUAUUGGUCGGGCGCCACAAAGACAUGGCUGCCAGCCGAGAUCCUCGAUGUUAGGGACGCCAGCUACGACAUACGGGUUGGGGCUGCCGAGCAGACAGUGCACGGCGUGAACGUGAAGGACCUGCGCGUGCCAUUCGACGAAGUCGACUCGGCGAGCGCGCACGAGGUUCCUCCCCCCACACGGACUACAUCCAGCGCCGCAGGGACACCAGAGUGUGCUACCACGGACGAUGGGCCGGCGGCCGAGGAACGCUUCACGGUCUGA